UAAUUACAAAAAAAAAAAAAUCUCUCCAAGAACCAAAACCACCGAGGGCACAAGGCGGACAGGGUUUUUCUCGACCUCUCUCUCCGUCGCUCAAUCGAAAUCUCUUCCAGUUUGAAUCCAAUUAGAAAAAGUGUCAUCGAAUUGAAGAACGUAUACGCAAAGAAUGAAGCUUGAUGUGAAUGUCCUGCGAUAUCUCUCCAAAGAUGACUUUCGAGUGCUCACGGCCGUCGAGAUGGGCAUGCGAAACCACGAGCUUGUCCCUGCCGAGCUUGUGGAGCGCAUUGCUUCUCUCAAGCAUGGGGGCACCUACAAGGUCCUGAAGAAUUUGCUCAAGUACAAACUUUUGCAUCAUGACUCUUCUAAAUACGAUGGAUUCCGGCUCACCUAUCUUGGUUACGACUUUCUUGCCAUUAAAACGAUGGUGAAUCGUGGUGUAUUUAGUGCUGUUGGUCGUCAAAUUGGGGUUGGUAAAGAAUCAGAUAUCUUUGAGGUUGCUCAGGAAGAUGGGACUGUCCUUGCAAUGAAGUUGCAUAGAUUGGGGAGAACUUCUUUUAGGGCAGUCAAAUCUAAGCGUGAUUACUUGAGACAUCGGAGUAGUUACAAUUGGUUGUACCUGUCCAGGCUUGCAGCUCUUAAGGAAUUUGCUUUUAUGAAGGCUUUGGAAGAACAUGAGUUCCCUGUUCCGAAAGCUGUUGACUGCAAUAGGCACUGUGUUGUCAUGUCCCUCGUGCAGGGCUACCCCCUAGUUCAGGUGAAACAAUUGCAAAAUCCUGAGAUCGUUUUUGAGAAUAUCCUUGGAAUUGUUGUUCGUAUGGCAGAGCAUGGUCUAAUUCACUGUGAUUUCAAUGAAUUCAACAUUAUGAUUGAUGAUGAAGAGAAUAUCACGAUGAUUGACUUUCCACAAAUGGUUUCUGUUUCACACCGAAAUGCACAGAUGUACUUUGACCGUGAUGUUGAAUGCAUUUUCAAGUUUUUCAGAAGAAGGUUUGAUAUGUCUUUUCAAGAAGAUAGAGGUGGUUCAGAUGAUACAGAGGUAGAUGUAGAUGAAAGCGCCAGACCGUUAUUUUCUGAGAUAGCAAAAGCUGCUGGUGCUUUGGAUAAGGAGCUAGAAGCUAGUGGGUUCACAAGAAAGGAACAGAAUGACCUUGAUAAAUUCAUUGAAGGUGGCCUCGACAAGGGUAAAGAUUCUGGUGAGGAGGAAUCUGAAGAUGAAGAGCAGAAUUCUGAACCAAAUGAGGAAGACCUCAAUGAAUUGAAUUCAUUACAGUUGCAAGAGAAGCCGUCGAAUUCAAACAAUGACAAGAGCGAAGUUGAGGUGGAUAAUCAUGAGAAAGGUCAAAGUACUGGAGAUGAAGAUCAUGAUGAAACCGACGAGGAGGAAGAUGAGGAAGGCGUGGAAGCAGAAGAUGCAGAACUGGUGAAAAGGUUGAGCAAGCAAAGACGACGUGCCAUGGCAGCAGUUAGAGGAGGUCGGAGGAAUUCUUCAAGGAACUCCUACAAGGACAAGGGAGGUCGAUCUUCUCAAAAUUCCAAAAUCCACAAAAAGUUGAAGGACUGGUGAAAAGCUGAAACUUCUCUCCAGGAAAAUCGAUAUAUAUUACCAUUCCAUGCAGAGGAAACGAGAACUUUUCUCAACCUGGGAAUUCAAUGUGAUCGCAAUCUCUGCUACAACGAAGGCAAGAAGUGGUUUGUGUCUGAAAAUGGAACCUGGUCUCUGUUCAAUUUUGUUUCUUUCGGCUUUAGUCGCUGCAGAUUUUGUACUACAGAGAAGGGCUGUUUGAGUUAUACUGCUUGAAUGGUAUCUCUUGGUAUCAUUAUGAACCAAAUCCUAUCUCUCUCGAAGGAAACUAUAUGUAUAUGUAUAUGUACGUAUGUGUUUCCAUUCCAAGGAGGCAGGAAGUACCUUUAAUGCUUCCGACAGAAGAAAGGAACUACUUAAAGA